AUGGAUUAUCUUACUCCCUCGACUUUACCACAACCAAAAUUGAAAAGAACAAAUACUGGUUUUACUCCAAAUCAAAUUAUUGCUUUAGAUGCUGCAAUUCCUGAAUCUUGCAAAAAUACUUGGUUUAAAUAUUCUCAAUUAGAUAUUUUGGAUUCAAAUAAAAAGCCAAAUCCCGAUGAUGAUGUAAGAGCUAUUGUUCAUGAAUCAGAUAAAUUCGAAGAAGAAUUUGUUAAACAUGUUGAAACUUCAUUAGGUAGAUCAAUGUAUAAUUGUGAUGAUUUAGCCGCUUAUCAAGCUGCUUCAAAUACUGUUAGAGAUGCAUUAAUUUUAGAUUGGUCAAAUACUCAACAAAAGCAAACUAUACAAGAUGGUAAAAGAGUUUACUAUUUAUCAUUAGAAUUUUUAAUGGGUAGAGCUAUGGAUAAUGCAUUAAUUAAUUUGAAAUGUGAGAACACCACUAGGGCUUCAUUAAAAGAUUUGGGGUUCAAUUUGGAAGAUGUAUUAGAUCAAGAACCUGAUGCCGCUUUAGGUAAUGGUGGUUUGGGUAGAUUAGCUGCAUGUUUUGUUGAUUCAUUAUCUUCAAAAAAUUAUUCGGGUUGGGGUUAUGGAUUAAAUUAUCAAUAUGGUAUUUUCAAACAAAAAAUUAUUGAUAGUUAUCAAAUUGAAACUCCUGAUUAUUGGUUAAAAUAUACAAAUCCUUGGGCAUUGGAUAGACAUGAGAUUCAAAUUCCAGUUGAUUUUUAUGGUUAUGUUUAUGAAGAAAAUGAUCCAAAUACUGGUAAAACUAAAAAAAAUUGGAAUGGAGGAGAAAGAGUCUUGGCAGUUGCUGCUGAUUAUCCAAUUCCUGGUUUUAAUACUGAAAAUACAAAUAAUUUAAGAUUAUGGAACGCAAAACCAACAAAUGAAUUUGAUUUUACAAAAUUUAAUGCUGGUGAUUAUCAACAAUCUGUUGCUUCACAACAAAAAGCAGAAGCUAUUACAUCAGUAUUAUAUCCAAAUGAUAAUUUUGAAAAAGGUAAAGAAUUAAGAUUGAAACAACAAUAUUUUUGGGUAGCUGCUUCAUUACAUGAUAUUGUUCGUAGAUUUAAAAAGAAUCACAAAACAAAUUGGAAAAAAUUUCCAGAUCAAGUUGCAAUUCAAUUAAAUGAUACUCAUCCAACUUUAGCUAUAGUUGAAUUACAAAGAAUAUUAGUUGAUUUAGAAGGAUUAGAUUGGGAUGAAGCUUGGUCAAUUGUUACUAAAGUAUUCGCAUAUACUAAUCAUACAGUCAUGACUGAAGCUUUGGAGAAAUGGCCAGUUGAUGUUGUUGGUAAAUUAUUACCAAGACAUUUGGAGAUUAUUUAUGAUAUCAACUAUUUCUUCUUGAAAGAAGUUGAGCAUAAAUUCCCAAAUGAUAGAGGAUUAUUAAGCAGAGUAUCGGCAAUUGAAGAAGGUAGUCCAAAAUCAGUUAGAAUGGCAUAUUUAGCAAUUAUUGGAUCUCAUAAAGUCAAUGGAGUUGCAGAAUUACAUUCAGAAUUAAUUAAAACAACAAUUUUCAAAGAUUUUGUUAAAGUUUUUGGACCUGAUAAAUUUACAAAUGUUACAAAUGGUAUUACACCAAGACGUUGGUUAAGACAAGCAAAUCCAAAAUUAUCUGCAUUAAUUGCUAAAAAAUUAAAUGAUCCAAAUUAUGAUUAUUUAACCAACUUGGGUAGGUUGAAAAAUUUAGAAAAAUACAUUAACGAUGACAAAUUCUUAAAAGAAUGGGAUGCUAUAAAAUUUGAUAACAAGAAAAGAUUAGCGUUGUUAAUCAAAGAUGAAACUGGUGUAGAAGUUGAUCCAACUGUUUUAUUUGAUGUUCAAGUUAAGAGAAUUCAUGAAUACAAAAGACAACAAAUGAAUAUCUUUGCUGUUAUUUAUAGAUAUUUAAGAAUUAAAGAGUUAUUAGCAGAUGGAGUAUCAAUUGAAGAAAUUAAAGAAAAACAUUAUAUUUCAAAAUGUUCCAUUUUCGGAGGUAAAGCCGCACCAGGUUAUUAUAUGGCUAAAACUAUUAUACAUUUAAUUUGUAAAGUUGGAGAAGUUGUCAAUAAUGAUUCAGAAAUUGGUAAUUUAUUAAAAGUUGUAUUUAUACCAGAUUAUAAUGUUUCAAAAGCAGAAAUUAUAUGUCCUGGAUCCGAUUUAUCAAAUCAUAUUUCAACUGCAGGUACUGAAGCUUCUGGUACAUCAAAUAUGAAAUUUGCAUUAAAUGGUGGAUUAAUAAUUGGUACAGUUGAUGGAGCAAAUGUUGAAAUUACAAGAGAAAUAGGUGAAGAAAAUAUUUUCCUUUUUGGUAAUUUAGCAGAAUCAGUUGAAGAAAUAAGACAUAGACAUUUUGUAGAUGGAGUUAAAAUCCCAAAGACCUUAGAAAAAGUCUUUUCAGCUAUAUACGAAGGACAAUUUGGUAAUCCAGAUGAUUUCAAACCAUUAAUUGAUUCCAUAAAGUAUCAUGGAGAUUAUUAUUUAGUAAGUGAUGAUUUUAAUUUAUUUUUAGAUGCUCACAAAAAGUUGGAAAAUGUAUUUGGUCAUCAUGGAGGUGAUUCAGAAGAUGGUGAUCAUUUACAUAAAUGGGUCAAAAAAUGUGUUUGGAGUGUUGCUAAUAUGGGAUUUUUUUCAAGUGAUCGUUGUAUUGAUGAAUAUGCAGAAAAUAUCUGGAAUGUUGAACCUUCAAAUUAUUAA